UGCGGCCGCGGGAGGCUGGGGCGGGUGUCGUGGGGCCUUGCGCCGCGGGGUCCGCGUUUGGCGUGACUGGUUCUGCCCACUGCUACCCACCUGCUCCCCGCUCUGCUCCGGACGCCAUGAAGGACUCCCUGGUGCUGCUGGGCCGUGUCCCGGCGCACCCGGACUCCCGCUGCUGGUACCUGGCCUGGAACCCGGCGGGGACCCUGCUGGCCUCGUGCGGGGGCGACCGGAGGGUCCGCAUCUGGGGCACCGAGGGUGACAGCUGGGUCUGCAAGUCUGUCCUUUCUGAUGGCCACCAGCGCACCGUGCGGAAGGUAGCCUGGUCUCCCUGUGGGAAUUACCUGGCGUCUGCCAGCUUCGAUGCUACCACUUGCAUUUGGAAAAGGAACCAGGAUGGCUUUGAGUGUGUAACUACUCUUGAGGGCCAUGAAAAUGAGGUCAAGUCAGUGGCCUGGGCUCCAUCUGGCAACCUUCUGGCCACCUGCAGCCGAGAUAAAAGUGUAUGGGUCUGGGAAGUUGACGAAGAGGAUGAGUAUGAGUGUGUCAGUGUCCUCAGCUCCCACACACAAGAUGUCAAGCAUGUGGUCUGGCACCCAAGCCAGGAGCUGUUGGCCUCUGCCAGCUACGAUGACACAGUGAAGCUCUAUCGGGAGGAGGAAGAUGACUGGGUAUGCUGUGCCACCCUCGAGGGCCAUGAAUCCACCGUGUGGAGCCUGGCCUUUGACCCCAGCGGGCAGCGCCUGGCCUCCUGCAGCGAUGACCGGACCGUGCGCAUCUGGCAGCAGUAUCUACCAGGCAAUGAGCAAGGGGUAGCGUGCAGCAGCUCAGACCUCAGCUGGAAGUGUGUCUGCACCCUGUCGGGCUUCCACUCCAGGACCAUUUACGACAUUGCUUGGUGUCAGCUGACAGGGGCCCUGGCUACAGCUUGUGGGGACGAUGCCAUCCGAGUGUUUGAGGAAGACCCCGGCUCUGAUCCGCAGCAGCCCACCUUCUCUCUGACAGCCCACUUGCCUCAGGCCCACUCCCAGGAUGUCAACUGUGUGGCCUGGAACCCCAAGGAGCUAGGGCUUCUGGCCUCCUGCAGUGAUGAUGGGGAGGUGGCCUUCUGGAAGUACCAGCGACCUGAAGCCCUCUGAGCCGUCUCUGCUUUGGGCAGAAUCAUGGCUCCCCAGAAGACACAGGAGUUUCUCAGCCCCUGAGAGGACUUGGAGGGUCACCUUUAACCUUGAUUUAACAGCUCUUCCAUUCAGGCUUUGGUAGAAGUGGGGAGCUAUGCAGCCAUUCAUUCUUCCCUCCUUGGAUUCGGGGUCGUCAGUAAAGAGUUACGGAUGAUUAACACCUUUGUUACACCCCAGGUUUUGCUUGCUCUAGGGCAUAGGGAGAAAAUACAGUGUUCAAUUUGGUGGGCGGGGGGGCGAGUAUACUGUAUAUACGCGGGAGAGAAUAUUGUCUGAAAUUGUAAAGUUUAUAUAAAUAAUUCACCUGAGUCCCAAAUCCUAUUUUAUAUUUAAGGAUCUUCACAAUUCAAAGGAAUUCCAUGGUGAAUCCUUUUCUGAAAUAGGUUCUGCCUUCCCAAUUUCUGGGCAAAGCCUUGCAUAUAAGACAGUCAAUAUUGAAAGGAUUUUUUUCUAAUACAGGUUUGUUUAGAGUAAGGGACACCUCCACUUUCCCUUAGAAGCUCACCUACCUUCUGAGCUGUUACACUGUGAUACCAACGGGAAUGCGGAAAAAUAAAUAGGGGAAGACAGGAACCCCAAGAGGGAAAUUCUUAACAGGGAUAAAAUUGGUUCUUGGGUCAAGGGCAAAAAUUUGAAAAUACAAUGGUUUGUAGUUAUUUAAAGGUCCACUGUGUACAUCAUGUACCUGUCAUGUGUAAGUUUCAUGGGGUAUGGGGCAAUUAGAAAAAGAUGUCUAACACAGCUCCCUGUUGUUAGUUGCUGUCCAGUCGGUUCUGACUCAUGGCAGUUGAGUUGAAGGUUGAGAAACACUGCCGUAGGCAAUCAGUUAUUCAGUUUUUGUCAGAUAGUCUUCUGACAGUCACUUCCAAAUUGGUCUUCACUGUAGGGCUGUCUCUAAAGCUACAGUCUUAACUAAUUUUUUACAUUAUAGAAAUGAUCUUUCAUUUUCAAGACAGCUGAGGGCGACAUCUAGAGCAGCAGUCCUGAAAAGGUAGUCUGCCGAGCCCUGGGAGCCCGAGGCUUUGAGGGGGAAUCUGGCACGAAUCACGGCAGUGGUUGGAAACCGUGAGACGCGUAGUCUUCACUGCUACACGCAGUAAAAAUAUUGCCAAACCAAACUUGCUGUUGUCAAUUCCAACUCAUAAUACUGCCAGUCUUGCUUAAAAAUGACUUUGAUAGAACCAGUAAAAACUUUUUUAAAAUCUCGACCCUUGAGAACACUUGCAUCCUGUGACAAAAUGGGAAUUUAAGAUUGAAUUGUAUUCCCCCAAAAGAGGUUGAAAUCCUAACCCCCCUGGUAGCUGUGAAUGUGACUUUGGAAAUAGAGCCUUUGAAGAUGUUACCAGUUAACAUGAGGUCAUACGGAGUAGGUGGGUCUGAAUCCAUGGUGUGGUGUCCUUAUAAAAGGAAGACAGCUGUGUGACCAGAGUUUUGCUGCAGCCACAAGCCAAGGACACCUGGGCUACCUGUGCUGAGAGGGACAAGGAUUGAUCUAGAGACUUUGGAGAGAAAAUAGCCUGGUCGGCAUUUUGGUUUGGACUUCUAGCUUUCAGAACUGAGGCAAUAAAUUUAUACUCUUGUAA